AUGGAAACACCUGAGCCUGCUCUUCUUCAGCGCGCUGAGAUGUGCGGACAGUAUGCUAAACUCGACAAGACCACAGGCGUGACGCGAUGUGCAACGUUGAUACAAGCAAAUAGGCCAAGCGCCGAGGUUUGCACUAUGCACUUGGCGGAAAGCCUUGGAAACUGGCAGGUCUUGUCCGUGGGCGGAGUCGGAAACAUGGGAUCAACAGCAGCGACGCCUUUGAGUCUCUGCGAUGAGACAGGAACAUUGCGUUACUCAUGCGGUAUCGCAGCAGGCCGGUUCUUUGACACGACCUUCUCAUGGAGGCGGUUUUUCCGGCUGGUCUUGAUUGCGGUAACUCCUGAGGAUUGGCGUCGCGAGAUUGACGACAUUGGACUGCAGCCCAGCUUGGAGCGCCGCGCUGCCUGUUCGACUCCCUCUCUUGUGGUACGGUCCCGUCGUUGCUCCAUCUGCAGCAUCAGCCUUGUCGCCGUCUCUGCCCGCUCGCUCCAACAUGCAACGACGGCCCUGAUUCUCGCCAUUGCCGAAGCGUCUCUCGUCUCUCGUCUCCCCGAUGCCGUCACCCCCCGAUUAGGGACAGACUAUAGGCUCCAGCUCGAACCUCGCGCCCGCCGCACGUAUCGAGACACAACACCAGCCGCUGACAUGGCUCAGUACGGGGGCGCGAUGCCAAUGGCCGCUCCUCGCGCUGGCCAGCCGGCUGCCUACUCCAACCCUCUGCCCAUGCACGCCCCAACGGCCCCGGCCGGCACCUUCUCGCCCGGCACCAAGAUCCAGGUUGGCGACCAUCGGGUCGUGAUCCAGAAGUACCUGUCCGAGGGCGGCUUUGCGCACGUCUACCUGGUCAAGAUGCCCAAGUCCGUCGACGGCACCGACCUGGCCGUGCUCAAGAGGGUCGCCGUUCCCGACAGGGACACGCUGCGCGGCAUGAGGACCGAGGUCGAGACCAUGAAGCGCCUGAAGGGCCACCGCCCCAUUGUCACCUACAUCGACUCGCAUGCGUCCGAGCUGAAGGGCGGCGGCUACGAGGUCUUUCUCCUCAUGGAAUACUGUGACGGAGGCGGCCUGAUCGACUUCAUGAACACCCGGCUGCAGCACCGCCUCACCGAACCCGAGAUCCUCAACAUCUUCACCGAUAUCGCCGAGGGCGUGGCAUGCAUGCACUACCUCGAGCCCCCGCUGCUGCAUAGGGAUUUGAAGGUCGAGAACGUUCUGAUCACCAUGGUCGGGUCCAGAAGGAAAUUCAAGCUCUGUGAUUUUGGCUCGGCCGCAGCCCCCAAACCUGCGCCGCAGAGCAUAGUCGAGUGUCGGCUGAUGGACGAGGACGUGCAACGACACACAACUAUGCAGUACCGCAGCCCAGAGAUGAUCGAUGUCUAUCGAAAACUGCCGAUCGACGAGAAAUCCGACAUUUGGGCUCUGGGUGUUCUCCUAUACAAGCUCUGCUACUAUACUACCCCCUUUGAGGAUCAGGGGCAGCUGGCAAUUCUAAACGCAAGCUACAAGUUCCCUAGCUAUCCUGCCUUUUCUGAUAAGUUAAAACGACUGAUAGCCUCAAUGCUGCAAGAAAACCAGUAUUCGAGACCUAACAUUUACCAAGUACUGCGCGAGGGCUGCGCACUGCAGGGCCGCGAAGUACCAGUACAAGAUAUUUACUCCAAUCGGUCGAAGUCUGACCCCAGGGGGCAAGAUACGCACCCUGGCCCAGACCAGAAGGGGAAGAGCACACCUGUCGUUGGUGCCGUGUUCUCGCCGCCGCCACAACAGGAGCAGAAGAUCCCGGAGGUUGUGCCUAUGAGACGGGGAAGACUGCCAGCCGCUUCGAACCAGCCUCAACCCCAAGCCCAGCCUAAACCGCAGGCUUCUAGGCCGAGUCCAUCCCCAAUGAGGGUGACCAAUGGAGACCCAUUCGCUGCACUGGAUUCAAAAUCGGCUAUCAAGGUCAACACCGACGAGCUCUCGUCGAGAUUUCCCACCUUGGACCAGUUUGCAAUCUUGCAUGAUCAGGGCGCCAAAUUUGAGUUUGACAGCCCGGUAUCACCGCCAGGCGACUUCAAUCAGCGGGUGAAGGACAAGGCAGUAGACGAUGCAUUUGCCAGUGCUCCAGUAUCCCAACCAGCGCAAAGGCAAUCUGCUGACCUCAGUCGGGUCAAGUCGCUUGCAAAUGCAGCCGAGCUGCAAAAGGCGUCGCCGCCGCCUGGUUCCGUGAACAAACCAGCAUCUGCUCCUCCUAAACCUGACGGUACAGCUAUGAGCCGUGCCUCAGCUAUUAUUUCAAACAACCCUGAACUGCAAGCUAUCGCGUCACCUCCACCGCAAUCGAUCCAGGCGACUCCUAGCCGGCCGUCCAUGGUUUCCACUGGUACCAUGACAAGCACCCCGCCACCUCAAGAGAUUCCUACACGGGACUAUCCACCUAUAUAUCGCUUCCCUUCUUCGGAUCAUCACCGAUCGUCAAGUCUGCCAAGGCAGCCGGAGACGCCUGGUUCAGGACACCCUUUCAGAGUUGGAACGCCACAGCAGCAAAGACCUGGCGCAACCCAACGUGUCUCGUCAUUCCAGUCCCCCGCAGGCCACGCCCGGCAGCCGUCAUCGUCGAGGCCAUCGCUUGAAGGUGGUCGCCCGAGUGCCGAUCUACUGGAUCCGCUCACGAAGUCGUCUUCCCAAUCAGGACGUCCCAGACCUGCUAGUACGUACCUGGAGUCCAACCUGGACUUCUUGCGGGAAAAAGAAGCGGCGCCCCGGCCUUUGCGAUCUCCCGGCCUCACCGGCACCAAGUUUCCGGAGAAAGCAGCGUCCCCGGCUUUGGAGCCUCAGGAAGACCCCAUCGAGUCCAACGUUGAAUUCCUUCGGUCAAUGGAGGAGACAGACAACAGGAAGAGAGAUAAGAGUAGCAAACAUGGAAAGAAGUCUAGCCUCAGCUCUCUGUCUGGGACCAAAAACAUACUGGCCAGCAGGUUUGGCGAUGCUUUCAAGAGAUUUGAAGGCAGUGGUAACAAUCCACCACCAGCACGCACACCGUCGCCUCUGAAGGAUCUGGAACGCCGUGAUUUGACGCCCAUAGCUGGGUCCGAGGCAACAGAUAGCAAGAGUGAUGAUGGUAGGUUACUCGGCGAUCAGGAGGAAAUGACCCCUGAGAUGCGGAGAGAUCUUGAGGCGCAAGCCCUGGCGGAAGAGGAGCGGCGCGUCGAGGCAGCUGCAGCAGAAUAUCGCCAGCGCAUGGCACAGCGCGGUGGCGGCAGCUCCGCCCCUCCGCCGAGGAGCAUUGGCGGUGUCUCGCGCGCCGUCAGCAUCCAGAACAGGGUGCAGAACCUUCUCAGCGAGAGCCAGAAGCCCCCGGCCGUACCCAAAACCGCAGAGGGAUAUGGCCGCUUCACGGACGCGGCAUCGGCUGCGAGCCGCGUCGACAAGGCCUUGCCGGAACUGCCGCGGAAGCCCGUCGGCAUCAGCCGUGGUGCCGCGCCACCCGCGAAACCAGCCACCAGCUCCGUCGACGCGAUGGCGAGGGCGAGGCACACGAGCUCCAUGCCGGCUGCCAUACCGGACGCGUCGUCGAACAGCCGACCCGCUCUUCCGCCCAAGCCGAGCGCGCCACCAAAGCCCACGCAUCUCAACAACAUCCCCACCGGGGGCAGGAGGUCCCCGUCCAAGCCGCAGCAGCUGCAGCAGCAGCAGCGGCCGCCGGCCCUACCCGUAAACACGGAGCAGCUGGUCGGCGUCGGGCUUCCCGGGCGGCCGACCCUCGACAUGAGCCCCCAGGAGAAGGAGGACUACCUCCGGGACUUCAGCAAGCGGUUCCCGAGCCUCAGCGCCAUCGAGAUGGUGGAGCGCGACCUGGGGGCCGAGGCGGAGCGGAAGGGCGGCCGGUGA